AUGGCGGCAUCCACUAUACAGCCGCAGGCCAGCGACCUGGCUGAGGCAGGGCCGAAACUGGCCAACCGUCUCCGGCAGAGCAAAUCACCCUAUGUCAGAGGACAUAUGAACAACCCGGUAGCAUGGCAGGUCUGGGAUGCCGAAUCCAUUGAGCUUGCCAAGAAGACCAACCGAUUGGUUUUCCUCAGUAUUGGCUAUUCUGCAUGCCACUGGUGUCACGUUAUGGAGAAGGAGUCAUUUAUGUCGCCUGAGGUAGCUGCAAUUCUGAAUGAGUCCUUCGUUCCCAUCAAGGUUGACCGGGAAGAACGACCGGAUAUCGACGACGUGUACAUGAACUAUGUCCAGGCCACCACGGGAUCCGGUGGCUGGCCGUUGAAUGUUUUCUUGACUCCAGACCUAGACCCAGUGUUUGGUGGCACCUACUGGCCCGGCCCUAAUUCCACAACACACUUGGGCCCAGACUCGAUUGGGUUUGUUGAGAUUCUGGAGAAGCUGAGGGAUGUCUGGCAGACUCAACAACAACGAUGUCUUGACAGCGCCAAAGAUAUUACCAAGCAAUUGCGAGAAUUUGCCGAGGAAGGGACGCACUCGCACCAUGGCGAACGCGAGUCCGACGAAGACCUGGACAUCGAGCUUCUGGAAGAAGCGUAUCAGCAUUUUGCGUCUCGGUAUGACUCUAUCAACGGCGGGUUUUCACGGGCACCCAAAUUUCCCACUCCGACAAAUCUCAGUUUCCUACUCCGCCUGGGGGCCUACCCGAGCCAGGUCACCGAUAUCGUGGGCCAGGACGAGUGCGAGAAGGCAACCGCUAUGGCAGUUACGACGUUAGUGAACAUGGCACGCGGCGGUAUUAGAGAUCAUAUCGGCCAUGGAUUUGCCCGGUAUAGUGUCACGACCGACUGGCUUUUGCCUCAUUUCGAGAAGAUGCUCUAUGAUCAGGCACAACUACUGGAUGUGUAUGUGGAUGCGUUCCGCCAGACUCACGACCCUGAACUCCUGGGUGCGGUUUACGACCUCGCCGCGUACUUGACGACCGCUCCCAUACAAUCGCCCACUGGAGGGUUCUUCUCGUCAGAAGAUGCUGACAGCUUUCCCACCCCCAAUGACACAGAAAAGCGAGAGGGUGCGUUUUACGUUUGGUCGCUGAAAGAGCUCACUCAGGUGCUGGGUCCCCGGGAUGCGGGUGUUUGUGCUCGCCAUUGGGGCGUUCUUCCAGAUGGAAAUGUCGCGCCUGAAUAUGACCCGCAUGACGAGUUUAUGAAUCAGAACGUUUUGUCGGUACGUGCCACUCCCAGCAAACUUGCUCGUGAAUUUGGACUUGGAGAAGACGAGGUGGUCAAGGUGAUCAAAGCCGGAAGACAAAAAAUGCGGGAUUAUCGCGAACGAACACGAGGGCGACCGGAUCUUGACGAUAAGAUUAUUGUGGCCUGGAACGGACUGGCGAUCGGGGCUCUGGCCAGAUGCAGCGUUUUGUUCGAGGAAAUCGAGAGCUCCAAGGCAGUGCAGUGUCGCGAAGCCGCAGCCCGUGCGAUCGGCUUCAUUAAGGAACACCUUUUUGAGAAGGCCACUGGGCAGCUGUGGCGUAUUUAUCGGGAUGGUAGCCGCGGAGAUACCCUAGGCUUCGCCGACGACUAUGCCUACUUGACGAGUGGGCUGCUUGACAUGUACGAGGCUACAUUCGACGACAGCUAUCUGCAGUUCGCGGAGCGGUUGCAAAAGUAUCUCAAUGAGAAUUUCCUUGCCGAAACGAACUCCACGCCCGCCGGUUAUUAUAGCACCCCAUCCCACAUGACUCCUGGUAUGCCAGGACCGCUUCUCCGACUGAAGACCGGCACUGAGUCAGCGACACCUUCGGUCAACGGUGUGAUCGCACGUAAUCUAUUGCGACUCGGGGCUCUGCUCGCGGAUGAUCGAUAUCGGACGCUGGCGCGCCAGACCUGCAACUCGUUUGCCGUGGAGAUCAUGCAACACCCAUUCCUCUUUGUUGGGUUGCUGGAUGUUAUCGUGGGGCUUCAGAUCGGAACUCGUACUGUGACGGGGGUGUUUGGUACAACAGACAUUUCGUCCAUGCCAGUCCCACAGGGCGAUGGCCUCCUCAGCCGGACGGAUGAACCCAUGUCGGCCCGUGAUCUUGUUCUACGGCGGGUGCGAGCGGAAGCCGGUGUCGCUCUGUCUACGUGCAUCUUAGUGACCUCGCUGGUCGACAUCCGGCCGUCCCACCUGAAGGAUUUUGUGGGCAACCAGUCGUUUUGGGUGAAGUCGCGUAACCCAUUGUUUGCGGAGCUGAAAGCCGAUCCACCGAAGAACUACUUGCUGGGAGCGGAGAAGGUUCGAACUCCAUGA